AUGUAUAUGAAAGGGAAACCUGUGAAAUUUGGUUACAAGCUCUGGAUACUUUCAUCUUUUGAUGGUUAUCCUUUUCAUAUUAUACCAUAUCAAGGGGCACGAAAAGAGAACCCCAUUUCUGAACAUGGUUCCACUAGUUGUAACGAAACUAAAAUGAUGAAAAAGGGACAGAAGUUGUUAUCAGAAACAGUUGUUGAUGAGUUGCUAUCCAUUAUUGAAACUCCAGCAAAGCAUAAAAUUUAUAUGGAUAAUUUUUUUUCAUCUUAUAAUCUUUUCUCUCAUUUGAGAAGCAAGCAAUUCUUUGCUACAGGAACAGUAAGGGAAAACAGAAUGGGAAAAUGUCCUUUAAAGUCCUCUAAAAUCCUGGGAAAUAUGGAUCGCGGAACAUCCGACAGGAAAUUUGACGUGAAUAAUGAGAUUGCAGCUGUUCGAUGGAACGAUAAUAGAGUAGUAUCACUCAUCACAAAUUUUGAAGACACGAGGUGUUUUAAAAAAGUUGAAAGAAGAAUGAAGGGUGGAAAACAAAAAGUAGACAUCCCAUCUUGUGUUGUUUCAUAUAACAAGUAUAAAAAUGGUGUUGACUUGUUCGACGAUCAUAUGGAAACAUAUUACUCUUCCAUACAAGGUAAAAAGUGGUAUUGA